UUAUAACCUCGAUCUUGAGGUGAACCCCAAGAACUCCAGUAGUUAUUAAUUAUUCCACGAGAAAUGAAAAUUUCAAAACCAAAGACCAGAAGUAGAAAUAACUUGCAAAUACACGAUGAAGUCGAAAGAGAGAAGAAUGCAGAGGAGUCAAUGGUUAUCGAAAACGUUCCACUGGAUGACAAUUUAUGGGAGGAUUGGCAAAGAGUAACGGCAAUAGAUCGAGAGCCCAAGGUACGCAAUCUGCAAAAGAAAACAAAACUCAGAAACAAACAAUUCUGUAAUCUCCGACAGCUAUUUGAAUCAAGUGCCCCUGACCUUCCUGAGAGUGUAACUCGCCGAAAGAAUAAAAUUCUCCGAGAUUUCGUAUCGAGUGAGUGCACUGGCCUGCCAGUCAAAAUCACAAUCUGUCGAACGAUUGUUCCAGAUGAGAUUCGUAAGAAACGAAAUAGAAGAAGUAAAAAUAUGACUGAAGUCCGACAAACAGAUUCCAGAGAUGAAUCAAACCCUGAAGUCUCGAUUUUAGGAGACGCAUCUCACAACGAAGAGUCAAAUUCAGCCCUUGCUUGCCCUUCCCUUCGGAGUCCAGAGUCUUGUCCUGAGGAAUUCCUCGAGGCCACAGAUGACUCUAAAUUUCCUCACUUCUACAGUCUUCGAGGCAAAGUCCUCUGUGUAAUGGAGCCUGGAACGAAAUUCUCAUUUCAAGGAAAACUGAAGGUCCAGGUUCUCUACGGAGCUGUUAAUAUUUACGGUGUACUAGUUCGUAAAGAAAAUACGACAACUCCAUUGGAGGUUUACUCGUCCAGAUGUAGUAGUUUAAUUUCCAUCGAGGCCACCCAGAAAGAGCAUCCAGAAGAUGAAACGGACCUGUUUUCAAGCCUCAGGCUUGACAGAAUCUUCCAUCGGAUUCCCAACGACAUAGAGAAUAAAAUAAAAAAUUUAAAGCCUGGAUGGGCUGUCCUGAAUCUGCAGAACCUGGAGAAUAAUCUGACAACAUUCUUGAACAAUUUCUCAACUCACAGGCUCUUUCCAAAGGUGGAGAAUACCUCAAGCUACUCCUGGUCAGACAGAAAACGAGCAGAACUUGUUUUACAGACAAAUAUCUAUCCAGGAAACUCAGGAAGAGCCAUUGGAUUUCACAGAACUGAAGAGAUCUGCGAAAGAAUUCUGAAAGAUCAUUCCGAGAGUGACGAUUCUGGUUUGAGAAUUCUUGUUGCUGGGGGAAAGAGUGUAGGAAAGUCAACGACAGGAAGAUAUUUUGUUAAUAGACUGUUGGAAAUCUCAAAGACUGUCCUUUUCGUUGAUUUGGAUCUUGGACAGGCCGAGUUCACCCCGAGUGGGUGUAUCUCUGUGAAUGUCGUCCAGCAACCCCUUCUUGGGGCGAAUUUCACUCACCUGAGGACUCCCUAUCACCAGAUAUACGUGGGAGGAGCCGAUCCUACAAAAUAUCUCAUGAAUUACAUCGAGGGGGUGAGACUAUUGUAUGAGUUUUUGGAGAGAUGUGAGGAGCUCGAGGGAUUGCCUGUGGUCAUCAACACCAUGGGUUUCUGCAAGGGAAUCGGGUGGGACAUCAUGUGUUACGUCAUCAGGAUGAUGCGACCUAAUCAGGUCGUUCAGAUCACUUCCAAGAGGGCGAAGAACAAUUACGAUCAGUUGUUGACUUGUGAAAUAAUGAAUCGUCAGAAUCCAACUUGGAAUGUCUCUAUGGAAAAUAUCCCAGAAGACUCCCUGAAAUAUCAGCUCCAUGUGAUGGAAACUGAAGCAGAAUCCCCAAGUCAAAACGGAGAGCAGUGGAACAUCGAGCCCUAUCAGCAGAGGGAGAUCGUCAUGCUUGCAUACUUGAGUGGUAUUUUAAAUGCAAAGAGAGGAGAAAGGGGACCGAAGCACGAAUUGACGAGUAUAAACGAGGUGGUCCCAUACGAAGUACCAUUUUCAGCGGUGAAAAUAUCCCUGGGGAAGCCACUGGUACCGCAAAUUCUCUCAGUCAUGAAUGGAAAUAUUGUGGCAAUGUGUGGUAUUGUUUGUCAAGAUACAGAAUCCAGCGAGUCCAGGGAAAAAGUUGGAUAUCCUGAGGUCAUGAUGAGGGCACCUCCAGCUGUCUGUUAUGGCUUCGGUAUUCUACGGGGUAUUGACAUGACGAAGGAAAAACUUUACAUCAAUACUCCACUCUCAUUGUCUGAAUUGAAACACGUCAAUUGUUUGAUUGGAUCUAUACCAGUGCCUUACGGUUUACUACAGCUCAUCAGUCUAGGAUUACCAUAUACUGGUGAUGAGUGCGAGUUACCCACCAGUCGUGACCCAAGAAGAGGAUAUCUUCGCAUGAGGAAUCGCCAUGAUAUUGGAAUUAAGCAAUGAAAGGGUAAAAUGAGGUAAUUUUACGUUUUCGGAAAUGUUUCCGAAACUAUGGAAAAUACGGAAAUUAUUGUUGUACCUUUUUUGUAGAACUAACUGAGAGCUACACAAAAAGUUAUUAUGACUAUUUCGAUAUCUCCGUUAGUUUCGCCGAUAUUUCGGAAAAUUUAGCGAAGACCUGAGUUGGAUUAUUCAUCUUUGCCAUUUCACUAUCGGAUUUGGUGCACGUUCUUGUUUAGAGACAAUUCUGUGGCGUCUUGAUCGUUUCAAGUCAAGAUGGUUUAUAGAGUGACAAUAACUUUUUUAUGACUUCUGUUUUUGAGAUCGUCUUGAGGGGAGACUCCUAGGAAUUUUAAAUGUGGAGAAUUACCAAUGGGUAACAAUUCCACUUGUUCUCCGGCUGCGUUUUCCACGAAUAUCUCUGAAUUCAAGGGAGAUAAAAAAUUUUAGUCCAGACGUAUUUUGCAGAGUAGAACAAGAGCUACAGAAAAGGUUCUUAGAAUAAUUAGAGGUUUUCUUUUAGAUUUUGAGAUAUUCGAAGAAAACUUACGCACCAGGUAAAAGGAAUCGUCAGAAAUAAUGAGACGAGUUAAUUAAAUGAAGAAUUUAAUCGAUAAUUUAUUAGUUGUCUCUUGAAGAGGUAGUAUAUUCAACUUUUAUGUAAUCAUUGCAAAAAUAGAUCGCAAAUCGUAAUUAUGAGUUCGGCAAGAAUUGAAUCUUUUACAAAGUAUUUAAAAAAUGGCAAGCCCACACGAGUUGUUCCGUAUUUUUUCCCCCAAAUCAUCUAAUUGAUGAAAUUACGGAAGUGAAUGCUGAAUAAUCGAGCGAAACACUACGUAAAACACGCGCCUGAGCUGAAAUCGCAUGUUUCUCGAUGAGCAUGAACCAUCAAUUUAUCAUUCGUAAUAGUUGAAAGACCUAUAAUGAUCUUAUCCACCCACGCGUGUUACUCAAAACGUUAGACGUAACUCUUCAGGAUAUAAUCGUCCCUUGGAUAUUCUUGGGAGUAUUAAGAGUCAUCGCUAACUUAUUCUCCCGAGUUCUGAUAUUUUUUACACUCCAUCCAGCAAUUAAAACACGUACUGUUUACCAAACAGGUGUUCAUUUAAUCAUUUUCACAAAUUCACUGAUAAAAAAUUUUUGUCUUCAUUUUCAGGACUGAAUUUUCUUAUCGGCUCCAACUUCCAUUGAAAUUUCACUAUUUUUCUAUUUAAAUCUCAAUUAAAUUGCCUUGAACUAAUUGAUUUAAUU